AGGUGGGACUACUACAUCCCGGUGCCAAGUAGUAUCAUUGUGAGCUUCAGCAACAGAUGGCGACGGCAGGAGCGUUUAGUAGCGGUUCAAAUCUGUCAGGGUAGAGAUUCUGAUGACAGAGUCCCGACCUACUUCCUGACUUUUGGUUUCUAACGUUGGAUUUGGAAAAUAACCAAGACAUCCGAUUUUUACAUGUUAUUUCCUAUUUGUAGUUGUUUUUUUAAUUUGGUUUGAGUUCAGAUUUCUGCUGGAGGCCUCAAAAGCCUCGGACUAGAUUUGGCGACCCAAGGAGCCCGGCUUAAGGACACGUCUGCAGAACUGCUCGUAAAGUUUCCUAAAAUGUUUUUUGACCAUUUGUGUUGUUUUUAGGUGUUACGGUGUCGCUUUAUAAAGUUGGUUGUGUUUGCGUCACAGCAAAAGGUGGAAUUAAUGCGGAGUAAAUUUAAGUUAACGAGACAAGCUAACUGUUUAGCUACAUAGCAACGAACUGGAUGAAUGAAUGAAGCAGCUCGCAACUACCUGGAUUUAAAAGGAGAAACUGAGUUCAUUAUCACUACAAGUUUAUGUCACGUUUUCCUACAAGGCGGCACUGAUUUUCUUUACUCAGGAGAAUAUUUAUGGGCAAGUGUUCCUCGACUGUUUCACCGGUUUCCCACAAAUGAACAGGAAUGCUUUGCUUGGGAGUGGAUGGGCAGCGGCAGUUUAGCACGCGAAGAUAGCGCUGUGUCGGUGCUACGUCUCCUAAUGUUUAUUAGGAAGGGCGAGGUCAGCUUUAGCUAGCUACAAAUAUAUGUGCACUACUCGGACUUGUCAACGAUAAGUGUGAAGCUUACGCCCAGAGUUUGGAAUGGGGAACACGGUGUCAUGCUGCGUGUCUCCGGAGUCGAGUCCCAAACUCCCUUCGAGACAACCCGCGAAGCGGCUGGAGGAGUUCACCAGCACCGAAGUGAGCGACGACAACACCGGGCCCUAUCUGCAGCACAUAAGCGACAGGGAGGUCCCUGAUGAGCUGGCCUUGGAAUUUAAUCCAUCGGACCACGCCCGAGCGAGCACCAUCUUCCUCAGCAAGUCCCAGACAGACGUGCGCGACAGGAGAAAAAGCAACCACAUAAACCAUAUCAAUUGUGUUUCUCCCGGCCCGCUGUUGAAGAAGUACAGCUCCUGUUCUACCAUCUUCAUAGACGAUAGCACCGUCAGCCAGCCAAACCUCAAAAGCACAAUUAAAUGUGUCACUUUAGCAAUAUACUACCACAUCAAAAACAGGGACUCUGACAGGUCACUGGACAUCUUUGAUGAGAAGUUGCACCCUUUAUCAAAAGAGCCGGUCCCAGACGACUACGCGUACGUCGACCCAGAACACAAACUCAUCUAUCGCUUCGUCAGGACGCUCUUCAGCGCUGCACAGCUCACCGCUGAAUGUGCCAUCGUCACACUCGUCUACUUGGAACGUUUGCUGACGUACGCAGAGCUGGACAUUUGUCCGGCCAACUGGAAGCGGAUUGUCCUGGGAGCCAUCCUGUUGGCCUCCAAAGUCUGGGACGACCAGGCGGUGUGGAACGUCGACUACUGCCAGAUCCUUAAAGACAUCACCGUGGAGGACAUGAAUGAAAUGGAGCGCCAGUUCCUAGAGCUUCUCCAGUUUAACAUCAACGUGCCAGCCAGUGUUUACGCCAAGUAUUACUUUGACCUGCGGCAGCUGGCCGACGACAACAACCUCAACUUCCCGCUGGAGCCCCUCAACAACCAGCGUGCUCAGAAACUAGAGGCCAUUUCAAGACUGUGUGAAGACAAAUACAAGGAUCUGAGUAAAGCAGCGAUGAGACGCUCCAUCAGCGUGGACAACCUGGUAGGUGUGCGGCACUCAAACGCCGUGCUCUCGUAGCCCCCCCGCCUUCCUCCCGGCCCCUCCACCUGCAGCACAGCCGACACCGGACGAACCCACAGAGUCUUCGCAGCCGCAUCAGACGGGGGUUCUGCCCGCCAACGCCUCAGCAUGGUGGUGGUUCGCUGCCGCUUCACGGCUGCGUCUCCGAUGAAGCUGAAAUUAUGGCUCCAGAGUAAACCGUGAGACGUUUUUUUUUCACAGAUCUAUUAUUUAUUUCUCAACAAAACUCUCUUUUCCCCAGAAACAGUGUUUUAAAAGAAAGAAAGAAAGGAAAAAAAGCAGAAGGACGCUAGAUUUUUAAUUUGUCACCAAAACAGCAUCAGUAAAAAAAAAAACUAACAAAAGAUCAGUCUGUUCUGUCUUGACAGAUGAGGUUUUGGUUGAUUUUUAAUAUUUUGGUUUCUGUGAACAAACCUCUAGAAGGUGUUUGUACUUGCUUAGGUCAACCGGUGAGCUUAUAUCUGCAACAGCAAAGUCUGUACAACAAACCCCGUAAUAUCUCAACAGGAGACAAUAUUCCCUUCCAUCUCUUUAUCUUUUGUUUUAUUUUACAGCCUACUUUUUUCAGAAUCACAUCAAAUUAGUGUUGGAAACAUUUUCUUUUUGGUUUGUCACUACACUUUUACAAACAGAUUUUACCUGUUUGGCGCCACUUGGAAGGUAAAAUUCAUAUCUUAAUUGUAUCCAAAUAUAUUCACAGACUAUUUAUUGUGCCAUUGAUCCUCAGGUAUGGGUAUUGAGAAUAGCUGCACGGCACUGAGAAAUACCAGAUGUGAAUGUUUUUUGGAAUAAUUUGAUGUUAGUUUGAACUUUUUCUGAAAAAUGCUCAUCUUAUCAUUUUAAUUGGGAUAACUAAAGAUGUAUUUUGUAUUAUGCAGUACUUGUUUAAAAAAAAAAAGUGUUGAAUUAUCCGUAAUUAAUAUUUUAGUGUAUAUCUUUUGGUGGUCGUGAUCAAAAGUUCCCCAGGCUUUCUAAAGGCCUUGACGUUUUCAGUCCUCUGUUAGAAGAGUAGCAGGAUUUCAUUUCUUAAGCCACGUAACACUGAUAACCUUAAGAUAGAAAGAGCUUGAGCGGAUUUGAUAAGUUCUCCAAAUAGUUUACUGGUCAGCUGGAUGAGUUACUAGUAUCAAGGUGUGUCUAGGUUUUCAAAAGGUAAUGCUACCAAACUACUGAAACUGUCUGGUCAUUCCUAGAUACAGCUCUCGCUCACACUUCUGAACACAUCUGUUUAGAAGAGUAAUCAUUGACCUUUCGAAACAUCCUUUCAAUUUAUUUGACUACUUUCAGGGAACUGAAGAGGUUAGAAAUCCAUUCAGCUAGCUAGAAUGUUAGCUGGAUAGCUGAAGGCCUUAACUAGCUAACUUAAAGUACUAAAUUGCUUGCUAAGUAGCUAACUCAAGAUAAAGUAGCCUCCUAGCUAGAAAGAUAACAUGAUAGCGAGCGUACUAGUCAUAUUUCUAGCCAAUUAGCUAAAAAAAAAAAGAUAGCUGUCUAGCUAUCAUGUUAUCUAGCUUACUUGCUAGGUGGCUAGUUAACUAGUUAUGUAUUUCUUGUCAAUGUAUGAAAAUAAUACAGCAUUGACAUCACAGUAUCAGUAUUUGCACAAACAACUGGUUGGAUGCAUAUUUGAUAGGCUUUUAUAUUCCGAGACAUUCAUCCUCUAAUUAUCGAUUACACAUAAUGCAUAUGAUGCAGCUCUUCAGCAGCUGUGAUACUAAAGCUCCCAGAGACUGGUGGAGGCUGUAUGGGGGAUAAAGGAAGAGUCCGGGAAAACGUGAGUUAAUCAUUGUUGGAAGUUGCAGUCACAAUAUUCAGAUGCUGUAUCGCAUUUUAAAUUGGCUCCACAUAUUAUGCAGCUUGAUUAUUUUAUCAACAUGGAAAAAACUGUUGCAUUUCUACUUAGAAUAAUUACGUCAUGUUGUGCACUAGUGUUAAAGCUGUCUUACACUGUAACACUUUGAAUGUCUAGCAUGCUAGGGCAGGAGAGUCUGAUUCCAACCCCGUGCCCUGUUCAGUGUUAAGUGGCUUAAAAAUAAUUGACAUUGCUGGGAAAGUAGUCUGGACUAAAGCGAAACCUCCAAAAUUCUGUAGGGCUUUCAGAAAGACAAAUGGUCAAGACCACUUUAAAUCAUUCUCAAAGAUAAAUAUAAAAUACAGAGCUGUUAGGGAUAACUCAAGACUAUUGUGGAGUACAGUACAUUUGAGCUGUAAUUGUAAAUGUUUUAGGUCAUCUGAACUGAGCAUGUCUUAUGACAGGAUCUUACUGGUCACACUCCACUCCAGAUGGUUGGAGUGAUCAAAGCUUCAGUCAGCUGUUGUGCGUCAGAAAUCAGGAGUGCCAAUUGUGGAAUUUGUUGUAAUGCCGUCUAUACAUCUGUACCUUUUUGGAUGAUCAAAUGCUACUGAUUAUAGAUCAGUACUGCUACUGACUGAAGGGGGGAUCUCCCCUUCCUCACCCCCAAUCCAGCUUCUUUUGUUUUAAAGCCCCUCAGAUCUCACCAUCGACAGAAACCUCCCAACCCUUUGUUCAAAAACACGACAUAGAUACAGAGGGAACAAAAGACUGAUGGACAACCCUCUCCUUUUUGCUUACUAUGUAGGCUACUAGCUGUGAAAUUAUUCUUUUUAAUGGAAAGAAGAAUUUGCAAAUGGAGUAUUUUAAAUAAACACUAAUCAUGUGACAAAUA